AUGCAAAAACUCAGACCCCUCCCAUUUUCUCAUCUCUCGAAAAAUCAAUUUUUUUCCAAUCAAUUUUUCUUGAUCAAGAAUUUCCGAUCAUUUUCUACAACAACUAUUCUAUCAUCAGUAAAUGAACAACAACAACAAUCCAAUAAUUCUACAGAAAAUAUGAUGAAGAGAUUAAAUCCUAAUCGUCAAUUUAAACAAUUUUGGAAUAGUUCAUGGUGUGGAAAGUAUGAUGCAAUAACAAGUGCUGCUUUUGAUUCGUUAAAGCUAUUUGGAAACAAUCCGAAGGAAUUAACAUUGGACAAUCAGUUGGAAAUGAAAUAUUUACCAAUUAUUAUUCAUAGAAAAUGUGAUGGAAAGAUUAUUAGACAACCUGGAUUGUACAAAACAUUAUUUUCAAUUUAUCCAAGUUAUGAUUGUUUUGGAUAUGGUAUUCAUAGUGAAUUGUCGAAAAAAUUGUAUUGUUCCAAUGUCAAGACAUUGAACGAGUUCAAUAAUAGAAGAUUGGAAUAUUCGAAAGCAAUAGAAUAUAUGGAAAAGGCCAAGGAAGACUUUUCCAAUAUUCUUCUUCCAAUGAAAAUGAUUCCAAUUAGUGAAAUGGAUGUCUGGCAAUGGUUCAAAGGUCAUUCAACACAAGAACACGAUGUUCUCAUCAUCAAGUACAUGGACACUGAAAGUUUAAUUGAAAUAUUCGUACAAUUAGCAAAUUAUUGUAAUGAAUCUUCCAUUCUAUUUGAAGUUCCAUUCCAAAGAUUUCCAAUUCAAAUAAGUUUUGCAAAUGAAUUUCAAAAAUCCGUUAUUCAAUCAGCCAUUGAACAAGCUCUACAAAGAACUGAAGAUGAAAAAUUCAGUAAACAAGACGUAGAUCUCAUGAAACAAUUCCUCAAUAAGCCUGACAUUUUAGCAAGUGAAAAGAUGGGAAAUAUUUAUUUCCCCAAGAUGAGAAAUAACUUGUUGUCACUUUCUGAAUUCUUCCUAUUGUUUAUCCUAUAA